AUGGUAUGUGGCCCCAGCCUCCCUCCUUGUCCCGCUUCCUCCCGGGCGCCCCGAUUCCUGCCUCCCGCAGUUUCCUCGCCUUCCCCAGCGCCCCCGUGCGUGUCCCGGCCUCGGCCGUCAGGGCCCGGAACCUGGGGGCUGUCCGGCCGCGCUCACCAGCCUCUCCUUCUCUUUCUGCAGCCUGGCCCGACCCCCAGCGGCACUAACGUGGGCUCCUCGGGGCGCUCUCCCAGCAAAGCAGUGGCGGCCCGGGCGGCGGGAUCCACGGUCCGGCAGAGGAAGAACGCCAGCUGUGGAACGAGGAGCGCGGGCCGGACGACCUCGGCGGGCACCGGGGGGAUGUGGCGAUUCUAUACCGAGGAUUCCCCAGGGCUCAAAGUGGGCCCUGUUCCAGUAUUGGUGAUGAGUCUUCUGUUCAUCGCUUCUGUAUUUAUGUUGCACAUUUGGGGCAAGUACACUCGUUCAUAG